UGGGGAUUUUGUUAUUUUAAUGGAUGCCGAUUUGUCUCACCAUCCUAAACAUAUUCCUGAAAUGAUUGCUUUACAAAAUAAAAAUAAUUAUGACAUUGUUACUGGAACACGAUAUUCACUUGGUGGGGGAGUUUCUGGUUGGGAUUUUAAACGCAAACUUAUUAGUCGUGGCGCUAAUUUUCUUGCACAAUUUCUUCUCGAGCCUGGAGUUUCCGAUUUAACUGGCUCUUUUAGACUUUAUCGAAAAAAUGUUUUGAAAGAUUUGGUUAAUCUAUCAAUUUCUAAAGGAUAUGUCUUUCAAAUGGAAAUGAUGUUUAGAGCAAAGAAAAUGGGAUUUUCUGUUGGUGAAGUGCCAAUUGAAUUUGUUGAUCGUUUUUAUGGAGAAUCGAAACUUGGAGGUCAGGAAAUUGUUGAAUAUCUUUUUGGACUUUUUCGAUUAUUUACUUUUGUUAAUUAG